AUGUCUUUGUCCCGCAUUACCAGCCAGGCUGCACGCAGUUUGCGGGCGGUUGGUCACAUUGAACGGGCUAUGACUACUUCCACCCGACCCGCGCCCCUAGCAGCGUCCGCUCGCCUUGCCCAACCAUUCAGCACAUCACCAUCCCACCUCAAGAAGCGCAAACCCGACACACCCUCGACAAAAGCCUCCUCCUCCUUGACGCCCGCCGCCUCCACCAAAGGCAAGAGCAGCGCUUCCACCACAAGCAGCGGCGACGGCUUUGAUCCGCUCGAUCUCGACCCCGUCGAGGCAGCCUUUGCCGAAGUCGACGCGCACUUCCAGACCCAAAUCCAAAACGUGCUCCACGGCGGGCGCUUCAACCCGAACCAGCUCGGCGCCCUGCCCGUGCCCGUCAAGCCCGACGGCAGCGGCGGCGGCGACGACUCCGCGGCGACCUCGUUCCCGCUGCGCGAGCUCGCGCAGGUCGUCCCGCGCUCCGGCCGCACCGUCUCGCUGCUAGUCAACGAAAAGGCCUACGUCAAGCCCAUCAUGUCGGCCGUGCAGGCGAGCCCCGACUUCAACCAGCAGCCGCAGCGCGCCGACGACAACGAGCUCGAGCUGCUGCUGCGCGUCGAGAUGGAGCGCCCCGAGGAGCUGGUGCGGCGCAUCAAGGAGGCCACGCAGGGCUGGCGCGAGCGCGUGCGGCAGGCCCGCACCCGACACGACAAGGCGCUCAAGGAGGCGCGCAAGAGCGGCGCGCUGCUGCCCGACGCCCUGAAAAAGGUGGAAAAAGAGGUGCAGAAGCUGCAGGACAAGAAGAUGAAGGAGAUUGACAACCUCGAGGCGCAGAGCGUCAAGCAGGUCGGCAGACACUAG